UCAGUUGAUCUGGCAACGCUCUCCUAACCUGUCACUAUUGUGAACUAGCAAUUUCGGGUCAAUUUAGUAGCAUAAAUUCGUCGCAACUGCCUGGAAAAUGUUCUCGAGAGCCGCUCUUCUAACAGCCCAGCGCCCCUUGACCGUGGCCGCCACCCGGACGGCCGCUGCUGCCGCCGCUCCCUCCGGCGGAGCCAUCGAGCGCCGCCAGCGCCCCGAGCAUCCCGGCAAGGUGCGCCUCGGUUUCCUGCCCGAGGAGUGGUUCCAGUUCUUCUACAACAAGACCGGUGUCACCGGACCCUACACCUUCGGCGUGGGUCUGAUCACCUACCUGUGCUCCAAGGAGAUCUACGUCAUGGAGCACGAGUACUAUAGCGGCCUGUCCCUCGGCAUCAUGGCCGUCAUCGCCGUCAAGAAACUCGGCCCAGUCAUCGCCAAGUGGGCUGAUGGCGAGAUCGAUAAAAUCGAAUCCGAGUGGAAGGAGGGCCGUGAGGCUGAGCUCAAGGUGCUGUCCGAUGCCAUCGAGGCCGAGAAGAAGGAGCAGUGGCGCGCCGACGGCGCCCUGCUGCUGAUGGAGGCCAAGAAGGAGAACAUUGCUCUGCAGCUGGAGGCCGCAUUCCGUGAGCGCGCCAUGAACGUGUACUCGGAGGUGAAGCGCCGCCUCGACUACCAGGUGGAGUGCCGCCACGUCGAGCGCCGUCUGAGCCAGAAGCACAUGGUCAACUGGAUCACCAGCAACGUGCUGGCCAGCAUCUCGCCCCAGCAGGAGAAGGAGACCCUCAACAAGUGCAUCGCCGAUCUGAGCGCUCUGGCCCUGCGCGUGAAGUCUGCCUAAACGAUUCGAGUUUUAGUUGUUUAAUUGUAAAUUAAAACCCAUUCGAGACGCUGGAAACAUGAAUAUGCCCGCAAGAUGAUAAAUCGAUCCAAUAUAUCUUCAAAAUGUCCGUGUCUGAAAA